CCUUUAACUUCUCCACAACAUUUCUUUUGCUGACUUACACCAAUUCCCCAAGCUUGCACUCCCAAUAAACCACUUACAUCAGCCAUGGCCGACCACGCAGACGACCUACACGCCGAGCAGACCGAGGGCUUCAAGGUUGGCGAGAAGAAGACGAUUGACGAGUACCAGCAGCUGGACCAGAACGACGAGUCUCUCCAGAAGUGGAAGAAGUCCCUUGGUCUUGGACAAGGCAAGGACAUCUCCGACCCCAACGACCCUCGCCGGUGUAUCAUCCUCUCCCUCGCUCUCGAGGUCGAAGGCCGUGAUGAUAUCGUUAUCGACCUGCGCGCACCUGGCGCUGUCGAAGCUCUCAAGGAGAAGCCAUUCGCCAUCAAGGAGGGUGCUCGGUUCCGCAUGAAGGCACAGUUCAAGGUCCAACACGACAUCCUGUCCGGUCUGAAGUACCUCCAAAAGGUCUCACGCAUGGGUGUCAGCGAGAAGCUACAGGAGAUGAUGGGCUCAUACGGUCCCAACACAGAGGAGAAGCCAUACUACGAGAAGAAGUUCGAACCCGAAACCGCUCCCUCCGGUAUGCUCGGCCGUGGCCACUACACCGCCGUCUCCAAGUUCGUCGACGAUGACAAGCAGACUCAUCUGCAGUUCACCUGGUCUUUCGACAUCAAGAAGGAUUGGUAAACGGGGUUGCAUAAGCUUGGCUAAUAGGGGGAGUUAUGUAGCAAUGUGGCGGAAGGUGUCAUUUUCUUUCGAUUGGAAGCGAUGGAUAUCCAGGGCAGCUUAGGCUCCCACGAA